UCUAUUUUUACCGUAUAUUAAAGAUUACAUGUUGAACUGCAAAUGGGCGACAAAUUGCUAAACGAAGAUUUCCUUCGUCUAUUUUGCGAAAAGAAUUCAGACGGAACUAUGCACUUACGGCUUAGAGGAAGAGAAUUGUUUCAAAGAUUUGGUCAUCGUCUACAAGCGAAACAUAUGAAGACCAUAGCAUACUUCAUGAGAAAAUACAAUCAAAUAAUUAGUGUUAACUUCAGUUACAACGAUUUUGGGGACAAAGGCAUGAAGAUAUUGUCAAAACAUUUUUUCAAUCAUCGAAAUAAUUUACUUUAUUUCUGUGCUAUACAAUGCGAUAUCCAUGCAGAAGGUAUGAAACAUUUUUCAUCUGCCAAACAUUUAAACCUUAUAACUUGUGAAAUAAAUGGAAAUAAAAUGGGUGCAGAGGGUGCCCGCUACAUAGCUAGACUUAUAGAACGGUGUCCCACUUUGGAGCUUAUGGAUAUUGCCGAGACUGAUCAGACUCUCGAAAGUAUAGAGUCUAUUUUAAUUGUUACAGAAGAUAGCCACCUAAAAGCCCUAGACAUUUCAAGGGUAAUUCCAAACUCGUUCUAUACCAGAUACAAUGAGUCAACUUUGGCUGAUGAUCUUGCAGUUGCCCUUAAGCUCAAUGAGUACCUUGUCGAACUUCACAUCCAAAAGCUGGAAUUCGAUGGGCAUGAUGUAGAAAUCUUGUUAAGUGGUUUAGUUGCGAACAAAACCCUUGAAGUACUAAAUUUGGGAUGUAAUCGUAUAGGAGACCUAGGAGUAGAGUUGCUAGCUGUAUGGUUAAAAACAAGACCAGCUCUGAGAGUUCUUAAUAUUUCAGCCAACAGUAUAAGAAAUACGGGAGCUAGAGCUUUGAGUAUGGGCAUGCCCUAUUCCAAGUUAAGAAUGCUAGAUAUCAGUUUUAACAAGCUAGAAGACGUUGGUGUAACAGACAUACUUGAUACUAUUAAAAAAUAUAGUCAAAUGAGAAUAUUAUUUAUGUGGGGCAAUAAAUUUGAACAAACAGCUUGCAAGAGACUAGACAGAAUGCUGAAAUCUGCCGCACUGGACCAAGAUUAUGUAGACGUUAAAGUAUACAUGGUUGAUGGAAAGUAUGAAGCUGCGUACUACCCUAUGAAUACCUACAAACUUAACUACUAUUCAGUGGCUAGACACGGUUAUCCUGAUGCCAUCAAAAUCAUACGAAACAAAAUUUAUGGUCCCGAUGUUCUUCCUAGGAAAUUAUUGGAUAUAGCUAAUAUGGACAGGUACCCGAAGGUUGAUGAAAGUUUAGGACUGUAUGUGAAAAAAGAAGCUGUAUGUGACGAAGAUGAUGAUAAACACCAUAAUAAAGAAUGAGUUUAUUAGAUCAUAUAUUCUAUUAAAACGUUAGUAACCAUAUUGCACAA